AUGUGUUUUCUGAAAAUUAAACAACAAAUUAAUGAUAUUCAGAAACAUUUCAAAGAUUAUAGUUUAAAUGGUUCUUUGUGGAUCGUGAAUUUAUUACCGCGUCUAAUGGGAUUUAAUUUGAGAGCAGAUAAAGUGGGUGUAUUCUUCUGGACAAUUUACAUUCUUCUACUGGUCUACGUAUUUGGGAUCGGAAUUUUUGUUUACCUGUGGAAACAUGUUGACACAAUGAACGGUUUGAUGAAGAGCUAUUUAAAUUUGUCUUUGAUUCUCGUCAUCGUUAACAACAGUUGGUGGUUUCUCUCAAAAAGAUCUUUAUUGAACACAGUACUUAAGAAGAUUCAUUUGAUUGAAGAUUUGUCUUGUGAAUCAGAGCACGCGCUGGCAAAGUACAGACGGGUUUUCAAAAUUGUAACUCAUCUGCUGCUAGCGUCUUACGUUUUAUUUUAUUUCAUGGAAAUAUAUUUUAUGUUUCUAUUUCGUAAUUACGAUCUGUUGGAAGAUUAUUCUCUAGCUCCUUGUGUAGGCUUAGAACUUUUGUCCAGUUCACCAAACUCGGAAAUUUGUUUAAUCAUUGUAUUAAUACACGAAUUCAUAUCUACUACAGUCAUGAUGAGUUUCGCUGCACUAUUUUUAGUGCUAAUAGCUCACACUGCUGUCAUGUUCCUUGUACUAGCAGAAGACAUGACAAAACUGACUGACUUAAUCAAUUUGGCGGAUCACAGAAAAAUUAUAAGAGAAUCAUUGCGUUCGUUAAUUAAUCGUCACUCUUUACUUUUGCAAAUAGUUUACGAGCUUCGGUUAUUGUACAGCGUACCUGUAGGCAUAAAUUUUAUUUCGAACGCUAUGAGCAUAUUGGUGCUUUUGUGUUUACCGAUUCACGAGUGGCCGUCCUUCUUACAUAUCAUAGGUUAUUGCUUUUUCGCUUUUUUCUUGUAUUGUUUUCUGGGCCAAAACGUGAUUAACGCGUCUGAGAAAUUCAUUAAUGCGGUAUAUUGUUGUGGUUGGGAGCAUUUUGGUGUAGCUGAAAAGAAGCUGGUGCAUGUGAUGCUGAGACAGGCACAGAAACCCGUGGAGAUAAUAGCUCUAGGAAUGAUUUCUGUCAACAUGAACACGUAUGUAGAAGCGCUGCAAUUGAUUUACAAGUUUGUGACUGUUCUAAAGAUUUAA